AUGCAGAGCACCAUGCAACAUUCUCUCAUCUCAACCUCAUUCCUUCUCCUUGCAAUUACUUUCUACACCACCACCACUUUAGCCCAACUCUCCCCAAUUCAACCUCCAACAACAUCAUCAUCACCACCCUUACGAUCAAUCACAGCAUCACCGCCAGCACCAUCACUGGGACUAAACACAGUUCCACUUGUACCAACACCACCAACUGGUGCACCAUCACCUCUCAUUCUCCGUCCUAAUUCGCCUUCUGAAAACAACACAAUUAAUCAACCAACUCAGCUCACAGCUAGUAUCAUCAUCAUCGGGUUCAGGAGGUUUAACGAUUUUUGCACCAGAAGACAGACAGUGACUUCUCCAAACUCAAAGCAGGAUUCUUAA